AAGAACAGCUCAGACAAUACGGUGUGUUUCUACCCUCGCUGUAGAAGACACUUCAAGUUCUUGGAUUCGGCAUUUUACACCAAAAGUGCGAAUUUAAGUUCUUCCAGAGCCCACUUUGCUGCGUCAAUUCAACCCGUCCACUCUUUUUACCCACCUCAGUCGCUCGUUCAGAUCAGUCUCUUCACUCAAGAUGUUUGGGAAACGCACUUUCGCUAGCUCGAAGGAGCGUUCAACAACCGGCAAGAUUACCAAGCAACCGACGAAGAGAUCGUUCCACGAGAAGUCAAAGCAGAAGCAGGCGGUCGCCGAAAAACUCGACUCUCGCAAGGAGACACGCAAGGACAGUCCAAUGAUGGAGGGCUCCCCCAGCUUGACCUCUGCUAUCGUCACGGUAGUAGUUGGUCCCGAAGGGCGGCUCUUCGCCGCACACGAGGAUGUGUUAUCUCACUCCCCGUUCUUCGCCUCUCUCUUGGGCACUCAAUUCUUCGAGUCUACGAAUCGGCGCAUCGACCUACCAGCCGAGGAACCAGAGAUAUUCUCGUGCCUCCUAGAAUACCUCUACAAAGGGGAUUACUAUCCUCGAUUGAUCCACGACAAACGCCGAUCGACGUGGACAUUGGAGAACGCCGGAACCUCUCCCAACCCAAACAAAGGCGACCGCGCUAUGGCAGUCGAGCCAACCUUCUUCCACAAUGCUGUGUACUGCGCUGCAGAAAUGUAUGGUCUCAAGGAACUUAAAGCUCUUUCCCUCAAGAAGCAAGGCCUCCAAUCUGGCAUCGAAGUAGGCGUCAUAUUGCGCAGCGCUCGAUAUGCCUACGCCCACACCCCGGACAACGACAGCAAGCUUCGCGCUCAUUACCUGGCCUUGGUCAUCAGGUCCCGUUCCACCUUCAAGAAGUCAGGCACCAUGCAAAACGAGAUGAUUGAGGGCGGCCAGCUCUUCUUCGACCUCUUCGUCGCUCUCUGCAAUCAUGUCGAUGACUUGACGGACGCGAACAACGUUCGUGGUACGCCUCGCACGAUAUAGAUUGCACAAGAACUGCGAUUCGUCGAAGAAAGACCGCAAACACACACAACACGACCGGAGUUCACCCAACUUGAUCAGCCAAACUCCACACUCAACCCAAAUUGCCAACAAGCGACAAUGCUUAUGCAACGCGCCCUCAUUCCUGAUUCACAAAAGGAUAAAAACCCAGAAAAAACAAUGGCCGCGGAUCGAUUUCGCGUCAAUGGCUUUCUACGGCGUACUGGACCCGAUGCAUCUUUACUCUACUCUCACAAUUGUCUCUUAACACAGUCGUGGUGUUUUGCUACCCCCUCGCGUCACCUAAUCCCUCUCACCCGCUCUAUAUCUAUCCCCUCUCCGCUUGCGGAGAGAGUACAUGACGACUAUCGAAACCGGUUUCCUUUGUUUGACGUGUGCGUUUGGAUGGAUUUGAAAGGGAAAAGAGGAUAGAGCGACACUCAUUUUUCUGAAGCUAUGGUGCUGCAAUGGUUAUGAAGAACCGUGCUGGAGAGCGACCCCUUUGGCGGGAAGCUCGGAUUGCGGAACAGAUUGACCAUACCGCUUGGAUGGUCGGAACGGCGGCGGAUGAUUUAGCGGCGAGUAAUGAGAAAACCCAGGUCGCCGCUAUGCU